AUGUCCUGGGCCUGGUUUUAUCUGCCCCUCCGUCUCCUCAUGGCUGUCGGUCUGUGCCAUGCCAUAAGAGCACCCACCAGUACUUUCAGGAGUGAUCUCUUCAACUUCUACCAUUCCCUGAUCCUUGCUGAUGGCAAGGAAACUACAGUUCACCUGCUGAAGGAUAUACCUAAAAGAUACUAUUUUGUUCUGGAGGAAGGCAGAGCCCCCGCACCUUUCACAAUAACAGUGACCCCCUGCGACGUUCCCAUCGAAUGGAGCAUACUCAGGCACAAGGCGGCUGCCAGCUUCCUUGGAAAAGCAGCACAUGGUGAUCAUGACACCCAAGAGAUUGCAAAAUCUCAGAAGGCUCCAAGCACAGCAUCCACAAUUUUUAACUAUAAAGGAAAUUCUGUAGAAACCUAUGUGGGUAUGUCCUACUAUUCUGCUCUUUACAUGUUGGAGUUCUUAUCCACUGAGCGAGAUACACAUAUAACCGUGUACCUAACAACUGACACAACAUCUGGCCACCUCUAUCCAGAACUUCCGCUGGAUCCACGUAUAGAUAUUAUUGGCAUUGGCCAUACAACAGUAACUUUAGCUUGGAAACACAGUCCCUCCGUCUUGCAACAUAGAGAAAACAUCCAGUACUGUCUUCUAGUUAAUGAAAAACACAACUACAAGAGCUUGUGUGCUGCUGAGACCGCAAUCAGGUCCUCUGGAAUGAAGGUGCCACCUAUGUUGGCUUUGUCUCUUUCCCCGUACCUGCUGGAACCCCAGCAGGUCAUGAUCUUGUCCAACAGUGAACUGAGCAUCAUCAACAGAGCGAGUAGUGGGGAAGUCAGGCAGAUAUGUGUGGGCACCAAGAACACUUACACAGUGCCCAGUCUCAGUGCCAGCACUCAGUACUACUUUGAUGUUUUUGUCGUCAACCUCCUCACAAACGCCAGUGCUGCUUACACCGGGACGUUUGCAAGAACGCUGGAAGAACCUGAGCCAAAGCUGACCGAGUUGAAAGAUGGGAAGGUGAUUCAGGUGGUCCUGGAUGGGAAAAAGCAGAAAGUGUACAGCCUGCAGUACCAGGCGAGGCACAAGAGAAUCCAGUUCACCUUUCAGUCAUGCCGUGGCCAAGUACAGGUUCACAUAACAAAGAAUGGCAAAACAGUGACAUCAGAAAACGUUUCAGGACUGAGGUAUUUUUCACUGAAAGGAAAUCUACUGGACACAUAUUUGGUUCAGCUGAGGUCCACAGAACAGUCUAAUUCUUCUGUGAAAGUUCAGGUGUCCUCCCAUUUCCACAAGCCCUUAUUUCCACUUUUGCCAGACAGCUUAAAAAUCAAGUCCUUCAGUAAACUAAGGACCUGCAACUCUGUCACCAUCGCCUGGUUAGGAACACAAGAGGAGAGCAAAUACUGUGUGUACAAGAAAAGGAUUGAAGAGGACCAAGUGUGGACGGAACUGCAGAGUGCAGACCGGUGCGCCGGACCCGAGUCUCGGCACAGGGCUGAGAAAGUGCUGUGCAAGUAUUUCCACGACAUAAACCUCCAGCGAGCCGUCACCACAGAGACCAUCAAGGGGCUGGAUGCAGGGACACUUUACUUGUUUGAUGUUUAUCUCAUGGGGCCAUCUGGUAUCCCUAUCAGGUAUUACAGCAAAGUUGUAAAGACCAGGAAAAAGUGUUGA